AUGGAUGCAUAUAUUAGUGCACAAUAUGAACUAUUAGAGCAAAUAAAACGUACUCAUAGUAAUUUCAAAAAAUUACCGAAAGACAGAUUAAAUAUAAAUUAUAUUAAUACGAAAUUGCAAUUGUUAGAUCAAUCAUGGUCGAAUAUACAAGAAAAUCACAUGAAGUUAUUGCGUUCCUACGAUAAAAAAGUACUUGCAACUACAAAUUACGUGGCUGACGAUAUUUAUUUUACUGCGGAGGAAGAAUACACUAUAACUAAAGUUACUAUGUUAGACAAAUUACAAAAUAUUACUCCGCAAAUCCAAAAUCAAACUAUGGAUAAGACAUUAAACUCAUCUACUGCCACACCCGUGGAUAUUAAGAUACCUAUAAUAAAAAUCCCAACAUUUAAUGGAAACUAUACAGAGUGGCAUUCGUUCCAUGAUCAAUUUGUAUCAUUAAUACACGAUAAUAUCUUUAGAAGGUAUUCAAUCAAAUCGAGUGAACAUUGGACGUCCCAGAUAAAAUACACAACUAAAAGUAGUAAAACUGAAAGUAGAAAAUAUAUAUGUACAUACUAUAACGGCGACCAUUUCAUACAUAAAUGCAAACAGUUUAUAGCUUUGAGCUGCGAAGAUAAAAAGAAGGUUAUAGAGGAAAAACAACUCUGCUUCAAUUGUCUUGAUCCAUAUCAUGGAGUCAAGAUCUGUAAGCAUGACGCUCAGUGUCAUAUAUGUGGCAAGAAACAUCAUUCGUUAAUACUUCCACCUCCUAAAAGUAUCGAUGAGAUAAACACAGCAUGUGUCAGAAAUAGUGAAGAGACUUCAGUAGAAGAAAUACAAAAUACAGAAUCUAUUUUCAAUGAUGGACAAGAUAUAAUUACGCACUUAGCCAUGGAAAAGAGACAGAAUAUUUUACUGUCGACUGCAUUAGUCAAAGUUCUAGCGGAAAACGGAAGAAUACAGCAGUUACGAGCAUUGAUAGACCAGGGCUCUGAAGGGUCUUUCAUAACCGAGUCAGCUGCCCAAGCCCUAGGUGUGAAAAGAAAAACAGUCAAUGGCUCCAUCAGCGGUAUAGGAGAUUCAAAAAUCUUUAAGGUUAAACACAAAGUGUGGUAG